AAGAGCCCUCAGGAUGCUGCUGCUCUGGCUGCUGGCCCUGGCUGCAGCCUGCUCUCCUGGACAAGCACAAGUGGUUCUGAAGCAGAGUCCAGCAUCCGUUACCAGAGCUCAGAGUAAAACUGCACGCAUGGAAUGUACAGUCCAGGGCGUGUAUGACUUCCCGGUUGCCAACAUACACUGGUACCGACACACACCCUCCAGAGCUCCCAAACGCAUCCUGUACAUCGGAGCAGGACAAGUUUCUUACGACGACAGCUCCUACAGGAACAAGUAUUCUGCUUUGAAGAGAGAUGGAAACAUCUGCAUCUUCUCAGUCAACAGUAUCAAUGCCAACGAUGAGAGUACCUACUACUGUGCCUACUGGCAGUCUCAGAUGGGGUAUUACAUCACGUUAUUUGGCUCCGGCACAAAACUCAUUGUGUCAGACAAAGGAAAUUCUCCACCAGUGAACUCUGAAAUCCUGCAGAAGAAACAUGAAAAUCAGAUAAUGUAUGUUUGCCUUAUUGAGAAAUUCUACCCAGAAGUUAUUCGUGUGACAUGGACGGAUGGAGAAAACAAAGAGGUAACAGACAAUGUAGUCAAAGGAGACCCUUGGAAGCCCACGAAAGCGGAUGAAUACUCAAUUGGCAGCUGGUUAACCGUACCAGCUGAGAACAAAGACAAGAACUAUCAAUGCAAAUAUGAGCAUGAAAGUGAGCAGCGUUCGCUGUCGACACAAGAUUUUACAAAGACUGCUUCCCUGGAAGACUGCAGCACAUACAUUGGAAACAGCACAGUUUUUAACAGAGAUCACUUAAUGCACAGGGCGGCAUAUUUAGUGUACAUCGUCCUUCUUCUGAAGAGCUCCAUGUAUUACUUCAUUGUACUCUUCUUCAUCUACAGAAUGUGGGCUCCAACCAGGCACCAAGGAAAGAAAGCAUAAAUACUGAUUUGGGAAAGGCUUACAAAAUCAUCUUCAAUUUGCUUUGCUACAUACUUACCCAUAUAGACUCUCAGUGCUCUCAGUGUCGGAUGUAACAACAAUAAAAUCCCCCCAUUUUCUGGCAUUGGGGCAUGGGGUUUGUUUUGCUUUGCUGUUAGUGGUUUGAUAUCAGUCUGGUUUUGCUUAAUUUUUCUGAGUAUUGAAUUCAGGUGGGCAACAGGAGCAAGGUUACAUUCCUUAGAUUGUAACCCAAGGUCCAUACUGCAAAAUGAGGAAGGUUACUCAUGUUAAAAGUAGUUAUGCAUGCAGAAGUUUAGAGCUGUAACGGGGCUUUUGACACAGAAAGCACAGAUCUAUUUUGUCAAUGCAUUUAAGGCUUAAUUAGGAGCAUUCUUGUGCUGUAACAUCACAGGUUCACUUUUACUUUCAAUGAUUUAUUCCAAGUCUCAUGCAUCCAUCAAAUCAGAAUAUCCAGCUCUCAUAUAUCCACCAACUGCAGCUACUUACUAACAGCUCUUUUACAAUCUGUGUAUUAAAGUCAAUAGAACUAAUUACUGCCUUCGAUGUCAUGUUAUUCUUCAGCGCUAUGAUGUGAUGUUUAGUCUUUAGUCAAUCGCUCUUUGAGAAACAGCUGCUAUUAUUUGCUAAGGCUUGGUGCAAUA